GUUCUUAUAGUUUUCAUAAACACCAUUCAUAUAUUAUUCGGUAUAUAUUCGGAUUCUGUCAAAUGGGUUGCUUGGUUUUGCCAGUCGAAAAGCUCCGACGGCUCUCGACCGGUUCCCGGUUUGCGUACCGGAACUUGACCGGCGACAUGUCCAUGGAGGAUCCGGUCAAGGUGGUGGUGGGGAAGGAGAGAAGAGAGUUUUUGGUCGAGCCGUUUGUUCUUGAAGAGAGCCCGUUUCGGUUCUUGAUGGGACCGGUUAAAGAACGUACCAAGAACCGGUUCAACCGGUCCAAAGGAGUCUUAUUCCUGUACCAUGUGGAUUCAAUCUUGUUCGAGCACUUGCUGUGGCUGCUGAGGAAUGAUCUCUCUUCGUUCUCGAAGAUCGAUCUCGUUGAUAUUAUCGAUUUCUAUUCCCAAGAUUGAUAGAUAAUUGAUUUCGUUCAUAUUUGUAUGGUUUUAUGCUUAAUCCAAACACUUUGAAAAAAAAUUUAAUGGACCGAAUUUAGA